UAACUCUGCUAUCUUUUAUAAAACUUCUUGGAAGCAAAUCUCCAAUCCCCCGUCUCCUACAAACAUCUACCUCAAAGGACACGGACAGAAGCAAGCGAUAAUCAAGAAAGCGUACAAUGAUUUUGGAGGACAUUUAAAACAUUUUCCCUAACCACAGCCAGUCCUUGUCUCCUGACUACUUUUACUCUCAUUUAAAGGUUGCCUUGCUGUUUGGAAUUGCAGAUCCAGUGCUUAUCUUUUCCAAUUUCUAAUGGUAAUGAAGAAUACUUAAGAAAUCCAACCAGACAGCAAUAUGAGUACUUAUUUUACCUGACAGUAUCCUGUUCCUAAAAAAAAAAAAAAAAAGGCAAAAAAGCUGAAGACACUCAAGUGCCUUCAGCUGAGUUCCCACUGAAGGUUCCCUACUCCUCUCAGUGACCUGCAGAGAUUUGCUGCUUUCAGACCCACAUCCCCAGCCGGCACAGAAGAAACACACUCCCUCUCAACUUCAGAUGAGGGUGCUUGGACAAAGAUGGUGACGUCUGUAUGCCAGGACACAAGAAGAAAGCCUUCUGUGGUGUCAUUUAUUAUAGCAACAGGCCCUGGCAACAGUUGGACUCCAUGGUGAUAAUGAAUAACCAAGCUCCUACGGAAGAGAUGAGGGCAUUUCUACUCCCUGGACCUGCAGCAAGGAGAAGCAGAUGGUCACAGUUUCGCCAUGGGCUGCAAUGCUUCUAACAGGGUCGCUGUAGCACAGCUGCCUUCUGAGGAGCUAGAGAAGAACCAAGAAGCCAAAAGCCAGACUACAAGUGCCAGCAUUGCUAGAGCAGGGGCUGUCACCUCAUGGGAUGGGGCAGCUUGGCCAGUGGGCACUUCAGAGAGAGGAAGCAAAGUUGAAGACAAGGCCAGAGAAGGAGACUCCCCUGAGGAAUUUGCAGAAAGAUUUACACCUUCUCAAAAAAGAAGCAAUGUGCAAAGCACAGAUGCACUGCUCACCAGUGAGUUCAUCAGUCAAUCACGGACCUUACAAGAAAUAGAGAGACAAAAAUCAUCAGACAUUCUUGAGGAGCUGAGGAUGCAGGGGAUAAUCAGGAGCCAAAGCACUACUGCCAGGACUGAAGAGGUAUAUGAAAACAAGAUUAGGGAAGAGGAACUGAGCAAUACAGCACAACACACUGCAUUUUUUCCAGCAACUGCCCACCAAACUACAGGUGAACAGACUGAGAAGGACUGCAUAAGUUGCGGAAGUCAUGGAGGGACAGACACCCCUCAGCCCUCACCUUUAGAUGAGGAGCCUGGUGUACUGAUAAAGGAAAUAACUGCAGGAGAAGCCACAAAUGAUUACACUGAGGGCUCUACCAUUGAGUCUGAUAUAACUUACAACUGCAUCAAUGAAACAAUCUGGAUCUAAGCUGUCUUGAAAAAAGGGAACCUCUAUGCUCCCUACAACUGUCUCUUCCUGGAGCAAAAGUAGACAAAUCAUCUCGAGGGGACAGCUGAGCCCUGCUACCACCUAUUUCAUCUGGGGAAAUUGAAUCCAAUGUUAAGUUCUUACACACUAGUUGAAAGAAAAAACAAAUAAGAAAAUCAAGGAAGAGAUAAAUUAGUGACCAGCCUGUCUGCUCUUUAAGUCUCUAAGUUUGAGCACAUACACAUUACCAUGGUUCUAUUAAAUUUACUUUAGUAAAUUUAGCUCACUUCUUGGAUGGCCACAUAGAAAGAUCCCCUUUUCCUAGGCAGCAGAGAACUGGAGGUUGGAAAUGCAUUGUAAUCACUCAGAAAGACAGACAUGUAUGGGGAAAAGAAAAAAAAGAAAGUGAACAGCUGCAAGGAUUUGGGGUAGAAGAACAUGAUGGGACCUAAGCAUAAGAACAAGGAGUUUUAACUCACUGUGCAGGGCAGCUGGCAGAGAGGUGAGAGCUUCAGAUAGCAAGGCAACAACAAGCCACAGGAAUGUCUGUGCUUACAAGGAAAGGACAGAACAAGUACUGGAAAUACAACGGAGAAAACAAUUAAUUGGUUGAGAUAUACAGUGUAUACGUGAGUUACCACUAUGUAUAGGAAGAAGAUGCCUAUUUUCAUAACAGAGCAAUGCAGUUGGUCAGUCUUUUGAAUGCCCCAUGCCCGACCUCCAACAUGCACACAACAUUUACUGUAGCCAGCUCUUCCAAAAGCUGCAAGUAAAACAAUGGUGGCAUUUGUGUUCUACCUGUUACCAGCCCUACCACCCCCUUCUGGUUUGUCUCUAAAUAUGCCCAGUCCUCACUUCCAUUUGUGCCACAGGCUGUACCCACUUCCCUCCCUCAUCAAUCCCAUACCACGCUCUCCUCUGCUCUGAAGCUGGCUUUUUUAUUUCUCUACCUCCAGCUACAGAUACCACAUCUUCCUUUCCACCUUCCAAGCCAUGAAGUUCAGCUGCAGUACAGGACCUCUCUUCUCUUAAAUCACAGGCCAGGUACUGUAGAACAGGAGAAGGUAGCCCUUAAUUUUUACAGUCUCAUGGUAGUUCUCCCUAUCACUCUCAAGAAGAAAGAGGUUUUUCUGUUUCCUUUUCUCUUAUUAGACUUGUGCUAAAUCACUACGGGGAGGAGCAAGAGCUCAGCUCUUAACCAGCUGGGAUCCCACCUAAGAAGCUGAGUGAGGAAACCCAUCAGAAAGGGACUAGUACUUUAGUCUAGCUCCAGGUCUGGCCAAGCUGGUUGUUUUUAUGGAAAAAAAAAAAAGUGACACUUUAACAAAUAAAAAUGGAGCUGAAAAUUAUCCUGUACUGCCUGGAAAGAACAGUAAAAAUACAGAGGAAAAAGCGAGAAAUAUUUAGAAAACAGAACUUUGCUCACCUGACUUGAAAUUAUCUAACAAUCUGAUAGAUGGGAGAAGUAAGAGAUCUAAGGAUAUGUUCUUACCACACAGUUAAUCCAGGCUGUUUGCUGAUUUUUGUCUCAGGUACUUUAAGCUAAGGCUACCUGGCCAGGCUUGGAAUAAAAAACUUGUCUAUGUGCAUAUAUUACCCAUACAGACUGUUCUACCAAGCUAAUUUACCUCCUUUUGUAGUGAAUGUAAAGACUAAGCUACUGAAUUACUAAUGGUCACUCAAAGCCUUCCCACAGCUUCAGAAGGUCAAACUACUGUCUGUCCCCAGCCAAUGCCAUU